UUCCGCGUCGGUCACGCGGUCGGUCAUAAGUGGCGGACGCGCGUGGGCCUCCCCAUAUCCGGCCCAGAUUACGUUGGAUACCCAGACGUUUGGGCCCAGUAUGAGGAGCCUGUCUGAGUCGGGUGUUUUAUGACUGGUCAGCGACCGGACCAUCUGCCUGGGCGUAUAGACCGGAGGGGGUAGGGUGUUGUUUGGGGCGCCCAGAUGCUCUGAACUUGUUAAGACUAUGGAUUUAAAUUUCCAGGGUCUUGCUUCUGACAGGGGCUUUGCAGUUAUAUAGCCCAAUUCGCAGGGCACUACAUUGUGCACGUUAUGCAUAAAAAAAUUGCAGUAAAACUCAAUACCCUGUUUAGCCGGGAGUAAACCACGGCUCAAGUAGCAAAAGUAGCUAGUUCGGUGAAAAAAAGUGUAUCCUGGUUAUGUACUGAUGCAACGUUCAAUCAACUGUCUCUGAUUAGUUGAUAAGACCCAUAUGGUGCGUAUCAGUCCAUGCGGGAGUGACCUCAUUCCCGAAACAAAGAACACCCAGAUAUGCAUCACAAAUGGCUUUCAGGCCAGGUUGAUGUGCUCGUAAUCCCACAAAUUGCAGUUAAAAAGUACUCCCUCUGUGAACACAUAUAAGACGUUUUAGAUCGCUAUACAUAGGGAGUACAUCUUUUUUUUAAAAGAAGGUUAAACCCCGGCCUCUGCAUCAAUCGAUGCAUACAACCAUCUUUACUAAUUAUUUUAUAAAGGUCUGACAAGAAAGUACAUCAAGCCACACAAAGCCACCACUCACAUCUACAAACUCGAUAAUGUGGAGUGCUUUCACCCUCAUAUCUAAAACCGGUGUCGUCGCCGAUUCAUUCACAUAACGUAUCGGAAUCAACAGCCGGUGCAGCAGACCUAAAGCGCGCACCACAUGCACACGUUUUAGAAGCCAGAAGCCGCCAUCAUCCUCGUACCGCUAAUCCAUCUUCAGGAUAGAGAUCCGCAUCAUCCUUGCCAGUACGGACAACCGUCGAUGCCACCAGGGCGCCCAACGGCACCACCGCCCUGCGCGUGUUCAUCCAAACGCGAAGACUCCGGAAGAUCUGUCGUGGGUAGCACCUGGGGAGUACAUGUUAAUUACUCCCUCGGUUGCUAAAUAUAAGUCAUUGUAGAGAUUACACGACCACAUACGGAUGUAUAUGGAUGCAUUUUACAGUGUAAAUUCACUCAUUUUGCUUCGUAUGUAGUUCAUAGUGAAAUCUCUAUAAAGACUUAUAUUUAGGAACGGAUGAAGUAUUUGAUUAAUACCAUCUUUACCCCUAACUUUUAAGUUUGUGGCUGCAAUUGGCCCAUUUAGCAAAUUUUUCACAUUUUUGCCCCAUUAAGCAAACAUGUGCCACAGUUUACCCAACUUGUGCCACAUUUAAACCCUUUUAGAAAUGUCAAAAAUCUGCUAAAUGGGGUAAGUUUUUUCGAUAAAGAGUAUAUAUUAAUAUCGCGAAGAUACCAAUUACAUCCAGCCUCUGCAACAACGCAAUGCCCUAAUGACAUGACAGAUGCACACAUCCAAAAAAUAAGAAGAAACUAAAAAAAAUCCCACUACAGUGUUUCAAGCCUUGCAGCAGCAGCACAACCACCACCAAGACAACACCUGAUGUCCAGGUUCUCCAAAAGCGACGCCUCCAAAGAGGAAACAGUGCACCAAACCGUCGUCGUUCGAUCAUAGAUCAUGGGUUUUCACCCCGGAGAAAAUCCCUGCUCUCUAAACAAUGCCUUCAAGAAGACCAUUGCCAGGCACAACCAAUUACGGCCAGACCUUGGAUUUUCACCCUGAAGAGAAGACUUUGAACUUCACCUGUGUUGUCGCCCCCACUUACAUACCGCUGCUGCGAAUCCCGAAACUCCAAGCAAGUUCCUGAACGCCGUAGACUCCAAUCACCAUUACUAGUCCUCUAAUCUCGGCUUCCAUGACAUUCUCCGCCUCUGCCAUCAACAUGGAGCUAAACAUAUCUCCUGAUGGCAACAGAUAGCAGAGCUUCGCGCCGCUCGCUCCUUAAGGGAGAACCAAUGGGCACGAUUGAAUCCCACCCGAUCCAGCAAUCUCCAGGCAUAACACGCCCAUGGGAGUUCGCCGGCGGAGCCUUCCGGAACCCGCCACUCCGGCCAGAUCAGGAAGGACAGAUGUCAGGCAACUCUUCGUCUUGGCGCAAGAGGAACCCUAGGACCGCUGCCUUUAUUCGAGCACACCAGCAUGCCCCCACACCGCCGGUCGGAGCAGCAUCGGAGAAGGCAGCCGCAGCGCACGACCACGCUGCGCACCACCCGCCCUGAAGACGCCGCUCCGGCUUCAGGCCACAGCUACAAGCAUCGCCGCGUGGAGCAGCGGAGCAACGCCGGCCCCGCGCUAGAGAACGGUGACCGAGGGGUCCCGCCGCCGCCGCGCCGCCAGGGCUUUGCCCGGCGACGCCUCGAUGGCAGCGAGAUGAGAGGGAGGCACGGGGUGGCUUGCUCGAGCCCGCAGGGGCGGCCCGGCACGGCCGCACGGGAGCGGGACCGGGAGAGGAGGAGGGCCCGACUCGAGCUCCUCCGCGGGGGGAGAGCCGGUGAAGAAGGCGCCGGCCUUCGGGAUGGAUGGAGAGAGGACGUCGGGAGGGUCCCGGAUCUGCGGUAAAUGGGGUAUACAAUGGUACCAGCUUCAGUGUACCUGGGUUUUACUGCCGCAAUAAUUUGGGUUGGAAAGGGCACGUAUCUUACCUCGGCUGCCCUCAGUCAUGCAAGAGACAAUAAUCUACCUGAUCGCCCGGCUGUAGGAAGAUUUAAUGGAGAGUUCUGGGGAGUGUUCGCUAGCACGCAGGUACAGAAAAGAUUUGAAAAACAAACUAUUUCUAGCCGAAGUUAACAUGAAAACAUAUGCUUUGGUAUUUUUUUUAUACCUCGAGUGUUUUUUUUUCCUUUUCGAAAAAGGGGUGUACCCCGGACUCAAGUGUAGCUUCUAUUCUUCUUGCACAUAAGACAGAUACCCUCUACGGUUACAACGGUACAAUGAUCUCCGACUGGGUGACUUGUGCUACAUCUGAAUUAUGCAGGUCAUUGGAAAUCUGAUCUCAUUUGCCGUACUGCGAAAUAGAAAGGUUGGUAUCUUAAUUCAGAGGGUUAUUAGAAUCCUGUGGAUUGCGAUUUACUUGCACAACAUAUGUAGUCAUCUUAUUUGAUCCUUCACUGUCAUAUCACGUCAGGGUGGCGGAACUGUAACAGGAAAAAAUCUGUUGUUUCUUGUGUUCCUUGCCUCCUUGGCUGCACGGUUAUCGGCAUUGUAUUAAUGUGUUUAUUGUCCAAAAGAGAUGAGAAACAAGAUCAUUCUUCAGCACACUCAUCGUUUGGAGAUAUGUUGAAGAGUAUUGGUGCCCCUCUCAAGGACAGAAGGAUGCUUCUUUUAAUUCCUCUUAUGGCAUAUUCAGGGUUACAACAGGCAUUUGUAUGGGCUGUAUUCACAAAGAGUAUUGUGACACCGGUGCUUGGCCUAUCUGGAAUCGGCGGCGCCAUGGCAGUAUAUGGUGUAGCUGAUGUAGUUUGUUCAUUGGUUGCUGGACGUUUUACCUCUGGGCUUCAGUCAGCUACGUUUAUAGUGUCAGUGGGAGCUAUUCUUCAGGCUGCUGUCCUCUUCUGGCUGCUUCUCUUUCACCGCCCAAUGGGCGGAUUACUUGGCGCAGCGGCUCCACUAUUGAUAGGUGCCUUAUGGGGUGUUGGUAACGGAGUCCUGAACACACAGCUAAGCGCUUUACUUGGGCUGCUCUUCGAGGAUGUCAAGUUUAGGGUCUGGCAAUCAGCUGCCAUGGCAGUCAUCUUCUUCCUCAGCCAAGUCAUCAAACUGCAAGCCAUGCUUAUCUUGAUGUCCACGUCGCUCGUCGUCUCUUUUGGCUCGUUCCUGACACUCACCCUUGUUGUCGACAAGUCAUCAUCAACUAUCGGAUUGUGAGGUUAUUAUUUCUUUUUUUUAGGAACUGAGGCUAUUAUUUCUCUCCUCGGGUUUCCAAAUGGUGUCGUUGUUGCCACACGUCUUCACCAUUGUUACCAUUAGCAUGCAGUACAACAAGAGUGUUGUAUCUCCUGCAUAUUUUUAGCAAUGUUACAUUAACUAAUAGAUAAUACCCCGCGCGCUGCCGCGGGAAUCUGUUGCAGUAUAUUCUAAUGCGAUUUUGUAAUAAUAUUUCAGUGAGAUUUGGUCGUAUAAAACAUGAAUGCAUGGAUUA